AUGGCUGACAACCAGAGCGGCUCUCAACAAGCUCCUAAAAAGUCCCUCAAAAAAGCUACGAAAGCAAAGGAAAAAGCCGCUUCUGGAAAGAAAGGACCUCCUGUCACGGGCAGCACGAAGAAACAGGAUGAUAUUAUCGGUAUUACAGCUUCCAAAGCUGACAACUUCUCUGCUUGGUACCAGGAAGUUGUCCUGAAGGCUGAGAUGAUUGAAUACUAUACCGAAAUAUCUGGAUUUUUCAUCCUACGCCCAUCUUCCAUGUAUAUUUGGAAUACCAUACGAAAGUGGUUUCAGGAACGUAUCGAGAACAUGGGCGUCGAAGAGGCCAGUUUUCCAAUGUUCCUGUCUAAGAAAUCACUAGACAAAGAAAAGAGUCAUGUCGAAGGCUUUGCCCCUGAGUUGGCCUGGGUCACGAAAGCAGUCUCGACUAGUGGUGAUAAGGAGCUCGAGAACCCAGUUGCCGUUCGCCCAACGUCAGAAGCGGUUAUGUAUCCAUACUAUUCAAAGUGGAUUCGAUCACACCGAGAUCUUCCCCUUCGAUUGAACCAAUGGAAUGGCGUGGUACGAUGGGAGGCUAAACAAACAACUCCAUUUCUGCGAGCCAGAGAGUUUUUAUGGCAAGAAGGACACACAGCACACUUAACUGAAGAAUUGGCUUCAGAAGAAGUCUUGCAGAUACUGGAACUCUACGCCAAAAUAUACGAGGAAUUACUUGCCGUACCAGUUGUCCGAGGCCGAAAGACUGACAAGGAAAAGUUUGCUGGUAGCUACUUCACAACCACUGUAGAAGGCUACAUACCAUCAAAUGGUCGUGGUAUUCAAGGGGCUACUUCUCACUGCCUUGGUCAGAACUUCUCCAAAAUGUUUGACAUUACAGUUGAGGAUCCAUUUUCUCGGGAAGCCGGUGAUCAAAAACACAUACAUGUUUGGCAAAAUUCAUGGGGCUUGUCUACUAGGGUUAUCGGUGUCAUGAUUAUGAUUCAUGGUGAUGACAAGGGGCUUGUAUUACCUCCUAGAAUUGCUAGACUACAAGUAAUCAUAGUCCCCGUCGGAAUUAACAAGUCUACCACCGCAGAGGAUAAAUCGAAACAUUACGAUCAACUCCAAACUUUCAAGGAAUCUCUAAAAAAAGCAGGUGUUAGAGCUGACUAUGACAUUCGUGAUGGCUACACACCAGCAUGGAAAUUCAAUGACUGGGAACUAAAGGGUGUACCGCUUCGACUUGAAUACGGCCCGAAAGAUGCUAUAAAAUCAGUUGUAUCAUAUGCGCGCCGUGACACAGGUGAGAAAGCUACUUUGCCUAUAUCAGAAAUAAGCAAAGAGGUACCCUUGCUACUGGAGAAAAUCCAGUCAGACAUGUACACCAAAGCUGAAGCUGCUUUCUCAGCGCAUCGUAUGAAAAUAACAGAAUGGAGUGAAGUUAUUCCUGCCUUGGACACAAAAAAUGUCGUGCUCAUUCCACAUUGCCUGCAGUCAGGCUGCGAAGAUAAAAUCAAAGAGCUGACAACGGGCAAGCCAGAAGACGUCGAAGGAUCUGAAGAACAAAAAGUGCCAAGUAUGGGUAUGAAAAGCUUAUGCAUUCCAUUUGAUCAACCCGAAGGCCUGAUCGUCAAUGAGACAAAAUGCUUGAACCCUGUGUGCGAAGCAUCAGCUGCAAAGUGGUGUAUGUUCGGUCGAAGUUACUAA